AUGAGUACUGUAAGUGCUGAAGAGAAGAAGAGACAGCUGCUUGAAAGAAAGAAGAAGUGGACUAAGAAGAAAGCUGAGGUUGACGCUUUAAAAGAACAGCAUAAAACUAACGAGAACAAUAGCGAUGCAAACAAUGAGAGUGCCAAGAGUGGGCAAAUCGCCGAACGGAAGGCGAAACUGGAUAGCUGGCGUCAAAAACGGGAGCUGAAACGGAAAAGCGAGGUUUCUGGGAAUGACAGUCCCGCAAGUGUAAAAAUCGUCCCACCGGCGAAUAAGAACGGAAAGAAGAAUCUCGAUAAGAAACGGUUGUUUGACGAAAGUGAUGAGGAGGAAGUUUCAGUUGACGUCAAGCUUUUUAAACCAGGAAAUUCGGAGGACAUCAGUGCCCAUAAGAAACCCGUAGAGGAGAAGGAUUCAGCGGAAGAUUCAUUGGAGGCAUUUUUACAAAGCUUGAGCCAAACUAAAGAUUCUAGCAGCACCAGACCCCGCAGCUCGGGGGCGCUAGAUGAUUUAGGUGAGGCAGAAGACUCGGAUCCUUCUGGUGACACUCAGGAUCACGAUGAAGUAGAAGCCGAAUACAAACGCAUGAAAAAGCUGAAAUCAAAGAAAAGAGUAAAAAGAAUCGCCACAGAAGGCACUGAGUUUGAACCGUUCACCAAGUCCUUUUAUGUCGAGCCAGAAGAGAUCAGGACAAUGUCAGAUACUGAAGUCACCGAUCUAAGACUAAGUCUCGAUAAUGUAAUAAUAAAGGGCCACGAUUGUCUCAGACCUAUCACGAAAUGGUCUCACUUGGGUCUCACCACUGAUGUUAUGAACCUUAUCACGCAGGAUUUCAAGUUUCUCUUUCCAACUCCCAUUCAGGCUCAAGCAAUCCCCGCGAUCAUGUCGGGGCGCGAUGUGAUAGGCAUCUCAAAAACCGGGUCUGGCAAAACGAUCUCGUUCCUUCUGCCAUUAUUGCGACAGAUAAAAGCGUUGCGUCCUCUCUCCAGAGAAGAAACUGGCCCUUUAGGCCUGAUUCUGGCGCCUACAAGAGAGCUGGCAAUUCAAAUCUUCGAAGAAACGUGCAAAUUUACUAAAAACUCACCUAAAAUAAGAACAAUAUGCUGCACUGGAGGUUCCGAGCUUAAGAAUCAGAUCAAUGAUAUUAAGAGAGGUGUGGAAAUUGUCGUCGCCACGCCGGGGAGAUUUAUAGACUUGCUAACACUAAACUCGGGGAAACUGAUCAACACAAAACGUGUGACCUUUGUGAUAAUGGAUGAAGCAGACAGACUAUUUGAUCUUGGAUUUGAACCACAGAUAACAGAGAUCAUGAAAACGAUUCGGCCUGAUAAACAGUGUGUCUUAUUCAGUGCUACUUUCCCUACCAAACUGAAAUCGUUCGCAUCGAGAAUACUGCACAGACCAAUCAGUAUCACAAUCAACUCAAAGAGUAUAGUGAACGAAAACAUAGAACAGCAAGUGCAGAUUUUCGAUUCAGAUCAGACAAAAUUCGAAUCGCUUCUGAGGCUUCUUGAUACACAAGCCCAUCAUGAACAGGCAGAAGAUCGCGACGAAAAGACGAUUGUUUUUGCUUCAAGUCAGCAAAUAUGCGAUUUACUCUACAAUCGUCUCGUUGAUCAAAAUUACUCGCCAUUCGCUAUUCAUGCAGGAAAACCUUACAACGAGAGAGCAUCUAACCUCGAGAACUUCAAAUCAACCAAAAACAGUAUUCUUAUUUGCACUGAGGUACUAUCCCGUGGACUGAAUGUUCCAGAGGUCUCGUUGGUUAUUCUUUAUAACGCUGUGAAGACAUUUGCACAGUAUGUUCACACAACCGGCAGAACCGCAAGAGGUGAUAAGCACGGCGUUGCCGUCACUCUUUUGUUAGAUGAUGAGCUCGCGGCAGCCUACAUUCUCAACAAGUCAUUUCGGGACCAGGAGUUGCACUCUCUGUCAAACGAAAGCCGAGAGCGUCUGAAGAAAAUGGCUGAUCAGUUUGAGUCUGGUAUGAAAAUCGGGAAGUACAGAUUAGCCAAAGGCUUUGGAGGGAAAGGUCUCGAGCAUAUGGAAAAGCUCAACGAUGAGAAGCAGGAUACAGAGCUGAAAAAUUAUGGUGUUGGAGACUACAAGAAAUCGGACGGCAAAGAAGGAGCUGAGGGAAUCGAGAUACAUACAAGUCAAGUUUCAAUUCCUAAGCUGGAUUAUCUGUUUCUGCCAAACAAAAACUCAAAUGGGCAAGUUACGUACAGCGCAGAAGUCUAUGUGAAUGAUCUCCCUCAAAUGGUCAGAUGGGAGGCUACCAAAAACACAACACUGUCCUUUGUGAUUCAUGAAACGGCGUGUAGCAUCACUAACAGGGGUAAGUUCUAUCCAGAGGGAACAGCCCCGACGAAUUCGCAAGACGAACCAAAGCUUUAUCUUCUCAUCGAGAGUCAAGAUGAGAAAGACGUAAGGCUGGCCAUUGAAUUGCUAGAGGAAAAAGUCAGAGAAGGUGUUAAAAAGGUGAGUGCUCAAGAAAGUAGAAAUACCAAGUUUUAG